AACAACAACAACAACAUCCUCGUGCGCAUCAGGCACGGCGGCGACGCGCUCGCCGGCAACAUGCCUGCCUCGCUGCUGAGGGAGGUGCAGCAGUCGACGCAGGCCGCACUCGCGCGUGGGAUUCCGUGGCAUCAGCUCCUGGGCCUCGCCAGCUACACACCCGACUACCCCGACCACCCACUCUUCGACGUCAUGGUCUCCUUUCACGAACCGGACAUGGUCCAGCAGCUCCGGGUGGACAUUCCGACCCUGCAGCCCUGCUUUGCGUGGUCCUCUGGGGCCAAGUUCAAAGUUAUGUGCGAGUUUACCGUCGUCGCGGGCGACUGUGUCCUUCUACGCGUCGAGUACGACGACAUGUGUAUACAACAAGAGGAGGACCUGCGCGGGUUUAUCCGGGACGUUGCGGCAGCUAUGAUCACGUUAACCAGCAUCACACACCCGAGUCCUGGUUCGGAUGUGCAAGGCACGGAAAGCAGUCCAGAGCUCGAACGGUAUGGGACGUUUUGGGACGAAAGAGCUCUCCUGGGGAAGAGGAUGUCAGACUAGCCACCCCGAGCCUCGUGUACAUGGACGGCACCAACAAGGUAGACUGGUGGAUGUAGGACCCAUGUCCUCUAAAAUAAGACUUGGUCAUUUUGCCCCUGCACUUCUCUGCAGCUUGCUUGCCAUUGUGCAUCUGCAUAUCAUGUGAGUCGACAUGGCCAACAUUGCAGUCAACCAUGUCAACCGGGGUGGACAUGAACCCCUCCCUAUGCUGUUAUUGAGGUCACGUCGUCUGGUCGCACCACCGGGCAGGAGUCUGUCGACGAAGAACUGAACGGGCGAAAGCCAUGUGCGGCCCGAGGUCACAUAACAUGCGUCCCCCCAUGAGCCGCAGGUUGGACAAGGGAGGACAUGAACGAACAGCAGAAGCUAAUGCAUCAUAUA